CAACUUGUGUGCGAGUGAGGUGUACUAAGAGAAAUUUUGCGAACACGCACAUUAAAUUUUGCAGCGUGGUUGUAAUGUGAUUUCGUCCGAGCGACCCAUAAAACGACGCUUUUAUGUGAAAAAUCCCGUAAUUAUUGAUAAUGCAGCGUUAAUUUCGCCUUAAACGCAUGAAAAUCGAAAACCACCGAUGCUUUCUGUGAUAGCAUAGGCAGACAUUGUUCGUGUUAAGUUUGAAAAGUAGUGUUCCGUGUGCAGAGUUCCGUGAAGCGCUGGGCAUUUUAAUUGCCCUUCGUGAUUUGAUAAGUGCAGGAAGAAUGUGGUUGUGGUUGCAAAGGGUCGCUGAUGGGUGAGUCGCACGAUGGAGACGGAAUCCGUGCGCUCUGAGCUGAGCAGUCGGUCGCGGCGGAGCUCGAGACAUCGGCAGCACACUCACAGGAGUACCCGAAGUUCAAAAUCACAGAGAAAAGACGGCAGUGACAUAAUGGCUCCCUUCCAAACUAGUGUUAACAUCAACCCAGAGACAGGCCGGGACGGCCAAGAAGUCAUCGAAGUCCAGAUUCUUCCGCAGGAUGAGAACUGGGGCGAAAACACUACCGCCGUUACUGGAAACACAUCAGAAGGCUCACAAUCCAUGGAGGAUGUCAGCAACUGGCCUAUAGAGUCUGAUAGUGGGAUCGGUUUCAUGUGCUCAAGAUAUUUCGGGACCACUGUAGCUCUAGGGCUAUCUUUUGUGUCCUUUGUGAGCCCAUUGGCUAUGGUUGUGUUACCAAAGAUUGGAUUUUUUCCCGGACUGACUGAUAACAUAGCAAUACAGCCAAGCCAAAGAAUGCAGCUUUUAUCCUGUACUGCAGAAUGCAAAGGGAUCCUACUCUCCUUAGCAUUUAAAUUAGUUUUACUUGCCAUUGGAGUAUGGGCAGUGUUCCUAAGGCCUCGCAAUGCAAUUCUCCCAAGGAUUUUUGUCUUUAGAGCUACAACUUUAGUAAUUCUCGCUGUAUGUACAUUCUCAUACUGGCUAUUCUACAUUGUGCAAAUAACUGAAGCCACUAAAGCGUUAGCUUUAGGUGAAGAAGCUGUAGAUUACAGUGCUUUAGUGUCCUAUGUAUCAAGCUUCGCUGAUACCCUCCUGUUCAUACACUAUGUAGCCGUAAUACUCAUGGAGAUUCGUCACCUAGAGCCAGUGUAUUACAUAAAGAUAGUCCGGAGCCCUGAUGGAGAGAGCAAGUCGUACUGUAUAGGGCAGCUCAGCAUACAGCGGGCAGCUGUGUGGGUACUGCAGAAGUAUUAUACUGAGUUCCCCAUAUACAAUCCUUAUUUGGAGAAGAUUCCUAUUUCAAAGUCACAAAGGAAACAAUCCAGCAUAAAAUUUUACGAGGUCGAUGGCAACUCGACGACGCAAGCGCCGCGCUCUACGACGGGAUCAUGCGCGGGCUCCAGGCGCCGGGACUCGGGCUCCGCACACAACGAGCGCUACUAUGAGGAGGCGGAGCGCGAACGCCGGGUCCGUAAACGCCGCGCUCGGUUGUUGAGCGCCGCUGAAGACGCCUUCGCUCAUGUACGUCGCGUGCGCGUCGCAGCCGCCAAUGGAGCCCUAGGGCCGAGGGAAGCUGCUCAAGCUGUGUUCCCGUCAUUAGCGCGUGCCCUCCAAAAGUACCUGCGCGCGACCCGGCAGCAGCCGCGGCACUCGGCCGAGGCCGUGCUAGCGCACCUCGGCCGCUGCCUCGCGCGCGACGCCUCGCCGCGCGCCUUCCUCGAGCCCUUCCUCGUCGAGGCGCCCGUGCUGGCGGCCGAGCAGGAGGCGAGGCCGCUGCAGCGCUGGGCGCUCAUAUCCGAUGACUUGCUGGCUAGGCCUUUAGCGGAUAACCAGGAGUUCCAGUUGAGACAAGGUGACAUCUCCCUGAUCUGCUCCGUCCGCCAGCUCCCCAAGUUCCACAUCUCAGAAGAGGUGGUGGACCCGAAGAGCAACCGCUUUGUCCUGCGACUCAACUCUGAAACGUCCGUCUGACAGGAGCUGUGGCCCGACAGGCUGGUAUGACAUGAGGAAUUCAUUUAGGCUUGCUGAAGGUAACUUUUUCUUAUGCCUAAGCUAGUUUAAUAUUAGACUCGAAGACCAACCAUUUUGUACUGUGGUUAAACUGAGAAACUUCCACCUGACUGUUGUGGUCGGAUAAGCUGGUAUGACAUGAGGAAUUCAUUUAGACAUGCUAAAGGUACCUUUCUUAUCUAAGCAAGUUUAACAUUAUACCCUAAGACCAUGCAUUUUGUAUUCUGAUCUAUUGUUAAACUCAGAAACCGUCUGACCGAUGUAGUCUGAUAAGCUGGUAUGACAUGAGGAAUUCAUUUAGGAUUGCUAUACCUUUUCACUCACACUUUAAAAGCAAACGGUAUUAGAAAUUAGCUGUCUGGACGCGGUUACGGGAGUUUUCACUGAAAUGUGUACCUUUUACUUUUCCUUGAGCAUUGGCAAUUCGUAUGUUCUGCUCAGCCACAAAUAUAAAUGCGAUUAUCAUGAGCUUCACAGGGAGUAUGUUGAUAAAAUGUGUGUGAAGUGAAUGAUUGAAUUUGUAGGCAAAAUGCUUCAUUGCUGGUUAUAUCAAUUAGGUAACUUGAUUGGAAAAACACAUUUGACCUUUAAUAUCAAAAUCUUGUAAAAUUGUCCUCAUAAGAUUGAUAGGUAAUGAAUAAUGAUACUUAACUGCUUGGAAUAAAGUCUGAUUUUCAACGCCGUGCAUAUUUUAGACGCCAUUUUGUAACUAAAUGCAUUUAAAUGUAAACUUAAAUUAAUUUCGUUAAUGAUAUGUACAUUUUUGUGUCAUAUUUUAGUAUAGUUUAGUCGUAAGGUUAUGCACAAAUUUUACUUUAUUGUAAGUAGGCUAGAUUUUACGAAUCCAGUGAUGGUUUGCCUUUUAUUUGAUAUUUAGUAAGAUUAUUAGAAAAUUAAUGAAUAGAGACUUUUAAAUCUAGGUUGAAUAUAAAAAUUAAGAUAUCAUCGCCGAACCUCACGAUAAACUUGACAUGAACGAAAACAUUAUAUCAUAUACUCAUAUACUCUUUUAUAUAACCUUUGUAUGAAUAAUAGAUACCUACACAUUUACCAAGACUGCUAAUCUAAGUAUAAUACAAUAUCAUUUCAUUUCAAAAGCAGGUGUAAGACAUUAACUUAAUAAAGAGUUGUGCCUUUAAGAAAUAAAACAAUAAAAUGCAACCAAUCAACAAAACCAGUCUAUAAAGCAUUAAUAUCAAUACGAUAUAACUUUAAAGCUUUUAGUAUUUUUGUAUAGUACCUAAUAGUAUAGAGUAAUACCAUAUCAUAGGUUAUCUUAAGCUAUUUAUUCGGUAGGGAGAUUUAUCUACACAUGGCUAUUGCAAAGGCGUAUAUUUACGCUUACAUAAUGUAAGAUUCAUGGCAUCAUGGCAGCUAGCCUAACAUCAGUCUGCAGCGAUUGGGCAACGACAAAGUGUACCAGCGCCAUUAUAAACGUUACGGCGCUCCAACGUGUGGUUGCGGCCGCCGCCGUCGCCAGUCGCGCAAUGUCGUGGCCGAGCCGUUAUUGUCAUAGGAAUUUGACGUUCAUAAUGUCGCUUCCACUUUUUAUUUGACAAAUCGAUGCAGAAAUGACGUAGAUUGACUAAAUCACUUGAUUGAAUACCAUUAGGGCUAUAGUUCACGUCUUUUUGAUAUUUUGCCACAAAUAUGAAUAAAAUAAACCAAGGAUAUUUGCAAUAU